AUCCGGUGUGAUCCGGUGUGAUGAUUGGUGUGAAUCGGAAUCGGAAGCGCUAUUAGUAACCUUGGAUAUAAAACGUCGGAAAACAUCUGAUUCGGGGGGAUAGCAAUAGCACAUAGCAUAAGCAUAGCAGUUAGCGCUUAGCAGUGUACUUAAUUUGGCUUAAUUGACGUGAGGCGCGUGCGGCGUAUGUCUUCGUCCAGCUCGAAUAUUAACGGAGGCCACCUUUAUGGGGCUAAUAAUAUUAGCGCGUGACACAGUUAUGAAGCCGUUGCACUCGUAAGUCGUAAUCGGUCACCCGUCACGCUUGUGUUAUGCGCUCGUCGAGAUAUAUCGUCGUCGGUCCGAGUCUGAUAAUCAUCGAUAACCUUGAAUAUAUUCACGAUCGUGAAUAUCGGCAAGCGAAGGUGCGAGCGAGGAAGUCGGAGGGUCUCUCGAACCGCACCGACACUCCGCUUAGUCCGCACGCGGGAUAGGCGCGAGAGGAGCUCGCGCGAGGUGUCAGGAGGAGGCUGGGUGCUAACCUAAGAUGCAAACAUCCGCGAGCCUCGACGCGCUUAUAUUACUGGGAAUUCAUCUGUUGUACUGGUCCCUCGGCACCGUAGCGGCCAGCGGCGGAGCCCUCGAUUCUACCUCGACCUUUCAAACCAGUGCCUCGAGCACUCCACAUUCCAAAAUAGCAGCGUUCUCCGCCACCCUUACCGAUGGAUUGGCUCGAGCGGUGGCUCACGAAUCUACUACAGACACCUGCAACGACGACCUAGCUUGCAUCACUAUGGCUUCUCACGAUCGAUUAGGUUUAGAGGCUAUAAAAUCUCUUCACAGUCAAUUGGAUGACGACGCCAAUGGAAAUGUUGAUUUAUCUGAAUCAGAUGACUUUUUGAGAGAAGAACUACAGUAUGAAGCCGGUUAUGAACGGAGACAAAGGGCUUUCCAUCACAAUGACGACAUGCAUAUUAGCGUGCGAGAACUCUGGGAAGCCUGGUUGCGAUCAGAAGUUCAUAAUUGGACUAUAGAACAAACAUCGGAAUGGUUAACUUCCAACGUUGAGCUUCCUCAAUAUGUUCCUACUUUUAUACAGCACCGUGUGACUGGUGCUACGCUUCCUCGAUUAGCUGUAAACAAUAUGCAUUAUCUUAGCAAUGUUUUGGGUAUCAAGGAUCCUAUCCACAAACAAAAAAUUGCUUUAAAAGCAAUGGAUGUUGUUCUUUUUGGUCCUCCCAAAGAUACUGGACAUAACAUCAAAGAUUUGGUAUUGGUCACAUUAUUAUUUGGAGCACUUAUUGGAUGCUGGUACGCAUAUCAACAAAAGAAAAAUUCGCAAAAGCAUCUUCAUAGAAUGAUGAAGGACAUGGAAAGUUUGCAUAAAGCAGAACUUGCGCUAGAAAAUUUGCAGAAAGAACUGGAAAGAGCAAGAAUGGAACAAGAAAGUGCGGCUACCGAAAAACAGAAUUUGGAAAAACGUUUGCAAGAUGAAAGCUUGGGAUUACAUACUUCGUACUCGGAUCUUGAAGUAUCACAAUUGAAAGCGGAAAUUGAAAUGUUAAAGUUGGAAUUACAGCGUGCUGAGGGUGAACUUGAAGACAGGUGUUGGUCACCACCAGCUGGAUUGCAGCACUGGCUGCAAUUGACUCAUGAAAUUGAGAAUAAAGCGUAUACGAAUAAAAAGAUAGCAGCUGAAAAACAACUUGAACAAGCACGUGAAGCGUGUGAAAAAUUGCGAAAGAAACGUUCCAGCUUGGUAGGUGCCUUUGUUUCGACUCACGGAAAGUCUAUCGAUGAGGUUGAUAAGAGCAUAGUUGAAGCAAGAACUGCAUUGAAUGAACUAACAAAUGAAUUGAAAGAAAGAGUACAUCGUUGGAAACAGAUCGAAUUACUCUGCGGUUUUAAUAUAAUUAACAAUAAUGGUUUAAAUUACUUAGAGACAGUUUUAUACAGAGGAACACCAAAUGGUAGAGGUCUUGGACUAAGAGGACGACUCAGUAGCCAAGAUGAUUUAGAUGAUGAGGCAAGUUCUGUGUACACACCGUCGUCGGUCAGUGCAGUCACUGCAGGUAUUUUGGAGAACUCAACGUGGAAGGAGUCGUCAAUACCACCGGGUGGUCGAACAUUUGGAAAUGAACUCUCCGAUUCUUCAAGCAGCGAAGCGGAGAAAGAAACGCACGGGUUCGUCCAUUUUGUACUAGGUGAUGGACCGGAAGAGCCUGUUGGAGCCUCCGGAAAGAUUGCGCCGUACAAAGAAAAGUCCAGCAUUGUACGUUCUUAUAGCCAAGACACAAACAUAUUGGUCAACGAGGAUAAAACUUCGUUGUUUCUGCCGAAAACGUCGUAUUCGGAAAAUUCCCUUGCUGUCUCGGAUAAGUCUAAUUAUCAUCCUGCGACAACAUUGACGAAUACAAUGAUAGCGGGGACGGUGAUGACGACGGCGACGGCGACGGCGACAGCGACGGCGACGACGACGAUGACGACGAUGACGACGACAACGACAACAACGAUAACGACAACUGCAACUACAACGGGCGCUAAAAAAAUGUUUAAAGAAUUACCUACGGUAAUGUCAGUCGACGAUGAGACGCUCUCAACCGAUUCCAAUUCUACCGCCGACAACGAUGAGCUUAAACGAAGGCGCAGGAAGCUACACUUUCCAGCUUUUAGGAAGAACAAAACUAAAAUUACGUGAUGCCCGCUAGUCACAUAAUCUCCUUGUUACUUAAUUGCUAUCCGUUACAAUCGCAGUUGUAAUCGCGACAUGCACUUAAGAAUUAUUUGAUCAGUAAUUAUUAAUUAUUAGUUACUAUUAUUCACGUGACACACACACACACACACACACACAAACACAUACAUCUCUCUUUCUCUUUAUCUCUUCUUCUGUUUGCCUUUUUUUUCUUGUGCGCGCGUAUAAACUCACAGAAAUGUAAUGAUUAUUUAGGAUGUUUGACGCCCCGGUGUUCCUUCUACUUUGCCAAACUUACGCUAUGCGCUAAAUAAUAAUAAAACAUGAGUCAACGGAUACACCACGGAAUUAAGACAUCCGAUAAGACCUAGAUAAAUAGAUUUUUAGAAUUGCAAUAUUGAAAAGUUUUAAUAUUAUGGCAAUAUAUAUUUUCGGUAUGUACUUUUUAGGAGGACUAAAAUGUUCUCCAAGCCGCAAACUUUUAUGAAGUAAGGAUUUUUUCACGAUGACAUUAGUAAUAAUAAUAAUAAUAAUAUUAAUAAUAAUAAUAAUAAUUGUUAGCGUAAUCUUUUUUUAUCGCGAUAUAAUUCCAUAGUUUUAGUCAUCGUCUAAGUACUGGGCUGGGCACAAAUUCAAUGUCAAAAGUACUCUUGUCUGCAUGUCAUUUGCUCUUACGUCAUCAUAUUAUGAAUAAUACGCAAAGACCUGUAUCGCAACAAGAAUAUCUGCGUAAAACGAAGUUACUAAAAUUAUUAUUAAUUCUCGUACCGUCCGUAUAUACUGGCAAUAAUACCUACACGUGUUUUACUUCGGCACUUUGGCAAAGCGAAAACAUUUUAAUACAAAUUUUAUACAUUUAUAUCACAUACACGUACUCGUAAGUAGAUUGUAAAAUACUGUACAAGAUUUUAUCUCAAGCGCGCGCUUAAAACAAUUAGUUAUAGCAAAAUGAUUUUUUCCCCACAUCUCUUACAAACAUAUCCUAUAACCGACAACAUUGGGAUUUCUAUUUGAAUCCUUGUAAUUUUCUAUUAUCCAAAUUACAUCUUCAAACUGUAGGAAUAUUUAUGCAAGAACAUGUAAUAACAAUCGUCAGAUAAAUUUGUCUUAAAAGAUUAGCUAUACAAUCAUAUAGAUUUUUCAGGAAAUUUAGGUUGUUUCAGAGUGAAUGCCAUUUCAAAGCCCUAUCUUCUUUCCAUAUGUUUUUGCUUCGAACCGUGAUGCCACUAGAACGUAAUUAUAUUAUUGUGUACAUAGACAUAAUUAAUAAGAUAUUUUGACAUCAUAAUACUUGACCUUCACUUAUAUGCACUCAGUUUAGAAAAUGGCUUAUAUCAUAUCAGGAUGUGGCUUAUAUCAUAGCGAGGCUGGGACUCCGUAAUUUUAGUAAUUUGUUAAAAAAUUAUCAUUGUUAUUUUACGCUCGCACGAACGCGUAAAUAUAUAAUUACGUAACUAUUUCUCAACAUACUAGAUUUGUUUGCAAAUGAUGAUGUUUUGGCACGUUAGUUUUUGUCAGUGGUGUUGAAUCCGAUUAUUCCUUUGUAUGCUCAAAUACGUUAGUCGCACGAUUUUUAUCUUUACCACAAAAUUGUUUUGAGUGACUUCGGUAAAAAAAAAUUUAUAACUUUAUGACUAGACUGACACGUCUCAAUUUCAGUAUAAAAAUUCGAAACAUUUCACAUAAUUUGAUUAGUAAUUUGUCCGAGCGUUCAAACUUGUUCUUUUGUGCUGAAAUUUCUAUUUAAAUCGAAAGAUUAUCAAUUUUAUUAUUAUUGCAAAACGAUAAAUAUACGUAAAAUAAAUAUGAGACUGAAAUGUGUCAGCUUUGUCAUGCAGUGGUCGCUAUAACUCUCCACAAAAUGUUCUUCCUUAGAGAUUUUUGAAGCAAUGAAUUUAUAUAUAUUUAUAAAGGACAGUUUCGAAGGCUAUGUACAAUAUAUCUCUAUGUUAUUUUUGAAAUGAAUGAUCUGACCUUAUUACUUGUUAAGCAGCAUAUGUAAAGUUAUACGAAGAUUUAUUUCGCAUUACGCGCCAUAUAAAUCUUCGUUGCAGUUGAAUAUUUAUACAAAUAGAUAAUUUAAUUAGUA